AUGACAGCUCUUACGACAGCAAAGUUCCUUACUGAUCGCGUAGCCAUUGUGUCUGCCUCAACAAAGGGUAUUGGCUUCGCCAUCGCGAAGCGACUGGGAGCUGACGGAGCGUCUGUGAUCGUCAGUAGCAGGAAGUCGAAAAAUGUCGAGGACGCCGUUUGUGCCCUACGAAUGGAAGGUAUUGACGCCGCAGGAAUACCGGCUCAUGUCGGGGUUAAAGAGGACAGGAAGAAACUUAUAGAUUUUGCCAUCGAUAGAUAUGGCAAACUCGACAUUCUGGUUUCCAAUGCAGCCGUCAAUCCUCAUUUUGGUGAUAUUAUGAGCAUUUCUGAUUCGCAAUGGGACAAGCUUCUUCAGAUCAAUGUUCGAUCUGCUCUACAACUUACUCAAGAGGCUGCUCCUCAUUUGGAAGCCAGUGGUCGUGGUAACGUUGUGCUUGUUUCGUCUGUAGCUGGAUACUCUCCCAUUGACGGGCUCGGUGCUUAUUCAGUAAUGAAGAGCACACUCAUCGGUCUCAAUAAGGCGCUCAGCCAAUCUUUGGCUCGACGAAACAUCCGUGUCAAUGCUAUAGCUCCAGGAAUUAUUCGAACAGACUUCAGUAAAGCGUUGUAUGCGAACGAAGUAGACCAUCAAAACUGGUUGCGAUCGAUUCCUCUCAACCGAUUAGGACAUGCAGAUGAAUGUGCGGAUGCGGUUUCGUUUUUGGUGUCCGAUGAAGCCAGCUACAUCUCAGGAGAGACGAUCGGAGUAAAUGGUGGUAUGCAGGCUCGUAUAUAA